UCCUGUGACGUAUACGGAAGCUGUGGCAGCAACCAUGCCGCACUUUUCUAUCCCAAAUGUUUACGUGCUCGUUUAAAUACUUUCUAGCUGAAUUAGUACUACAGAAAUAUGUCCUUUUUUAAAAGUAUUUCCCUGAGACCAGAAGUCAUCGAUUACCUGAAAGGUGUCUAUUUAAACAAUGAGCUGUUGGCAUCUGUGGGCCCUCAGAAGGCACAACGCCAUUUUGAGACGCUGCUCAGCUGCCUGUCACACCCGCCUUCUUACACCUGCGUGCGAGCCAGCGUCCACCUGGCGCCGCUGGGCGAGAUCCAACACAAGCUUUACGAGGAGCUGACCAAGCGGGGGGAGGGGCCGGAUGCAGUUAUGCACCCCGGCAUUCCAGACGUGCUGCUGCUUCCUGUGGACGGGCCCAGGUGUGUGCAGCAGCUCAGCAAGGAGGUGGUGGUGGGCGCUCAGUGUGGGAACGCCGUGUUGAGGGGCGCUCACGUCUUCACCCCCGGGAUGCUGGCCUGCCCCAAAAAUAUGAAGGCUGGAGACGCCGUGUCCGUCUUCUCCGACUUGGAGGGCAAGUGCACACGAGGAGCGCUCAGCUUCCAGGGGAGGAAAGUCUUUGUGGGAAACGGAGUGGCGGAAAAGGACCGCGCCAGCAUUUUUUGUUCCGGUGACCCCACCAGAGGUGUCGGCGUCCGCAUGACUGAGCCGCUUUAUGCCACGCCCUCCUUUGACGGGCUCCUCCCCCAGCUGGUCUUCUUACAGAACCUUCCCUCGGUGGUUGUGGGUCACGUGCUGGGGCCUCGCCCUGGAGAGCGUAUCCUGGACAUGUGUGCCGCCCCGGGGGGAAAGACGUGCCACAUCGCCGCCCUCAUGGGGGACCAGGGUGAGGUCGUGGCUUUGGAGCGGAUCCCAAACAAGAUGGAGCUUAUUCGUCAAAACGCUGAAAUGUUGCAGUUGCGUUGCAUUAAAGCAUUUUGCUUCAACAGCACUCGUGCGGCGAGCGAGCAUUCAGCCAAAGACGCUGAAGAACCGCCGUUUCACCCCGAGAGCUUCGAUCGGGUCCUGCUGGACGCUCCGUGCAGCGGCCUCGGACAGAGACCCAACAUGGCGAGCACCUGGAGCCUGAAGGAGAUCUGCUCCUUUCCGCCGCUGCAGCGCAAGCUGUUUCACGCAGCGGUGCAGCUGCUAAAAAGGGGCGGAGUUCUGGUGUACAGCACGUGCACGGUGACGCUGGCGGAAAACGAGGAGCAGGUGGCGUGGGCCCUGCGCACCUUCCCUUGCCUCAGGCUGCAGCCUCAGGAGCCUCACGUCGGCGCCGAGGGAAUGGCGGGGGCGGGUCUGGCGCCGGAACAGCUCCGCCUGCUCCAGAGGUUCCGGCCCGAGCUAAACUGGCAGCAGGCAGACGAGGGUGCGCCCCUCACUUGCAGGGCCAACAGUGACACCAUUGGCUUUUUUAUUGCCAAAUUCCAGAAAAGUGACUCCUCAGAAGAUGUGACAUGCAAAGAUGACCAAUCGCCACUAGAUGCCGACAUGAAUUCAUUAGAAAUCUCUUGUGUAACCAAUAAGGUUCCAGUGGAGCUGCUGCACUAAAAAGCGCUACAGCAGCGUUUAGAAGCGUUGCCAUGGAAACCGUCGCAGUCUCAGCGUUCAAGUAAACAAAGCCGUCUGCAGGCCAUGUAUGGAGAAGCUGCGGCAGUCGCCAUGGCAACAGUGACGACACCGCUGCCAUGGCGACGGCGGCACGUGGAAGUGCAGAACCAGGAAGUGUCGUGUGCAGAAAGAGGUCACGAGAGGUAGAGAAAAAAGGAAUUAUUUAUGGAUGUUUGUCUGGCAAACUGCAGAAGACCCUCAGACUCGCCAUGAAAGGCAAACUAACCAACUUUUUUUUUUUUUUUUUUUUUUUUGAAACGUUGCCAUGACGACCGGGGAGGCCUCCCUUUUAAUUUUUCAGCAGCGUUCCGCUUCACAAAAAAAACUAUUUAUAGAUGCCACAGCCUGGGUGUUCUCAAAAGAGCACACGUUGUUUUAUUGUGCACCGUUGAAAAAGCUGCAGCGCCACCAAUGUAGCAUACAAAUAAAUGUUGGGGUUUGCUCUUUUUUUACAAUUGUCCAAGAGGAGCAAAUGAUAAAGUGAGGGGUUGUAAACAAGA